AUGGCCGAGAAACAAGUGAAACCCGGCGCCGGCGCGGACAGCACUAAAAAGAAUGCAGGCGCCCCCAAGCCUUCCCCGAGAGCGACCCCAGCAACCGUUGUCGACCCAGCCAAGGUGAGAAUCGUCGCCGCCGGCGCGGCAACUGCACCGCCGGCGGCUGCAGGAGGACCGACAGGUAGCAAGAACUCGAGUGCUGGUGCAACAGCAACAGCUACAGCGGCCGCACCCGCCGUCGCAUCCGCCGGUGGCAGUACAACAACUGCAGGCGGUACUAGAACUGCAGCUGUUGCAGCGGCCGCGGGUAGUACAACUGCGCAAGGCAACAAGAACACUACAAAUUCUAAGCCCACGGGUACCCCCAAAGCCUCUCCAAAGGCGUCCCCGAAAGCAGGGGCAGCUGCUGGUGCCGGACCCGGACCACUUUCGCAGGCGGGGAGCGGAAGUGUCGUCGUGAUAAAAGCAGUGGACGCAGCAGCAGAUUCAAAUAAAGGGAUGAGUACUAGUAAACCAUCUCCGAAAGUAGUAGAUUCCAGCAGUACAACUAUCGUUGCCGGUGGAGCUGCAGCAAAGUCGUCUGGUGACAUCACUGCCGCCAAGGUUCCCAUCAAAACAGGGAACAACAAUGCUGGCGCUUCUAAACCCACUCCGAGAGGGGGUGCAGCUGGCGCUUCUGCGGUCGCAGAGCAGACAGGCAGCACCAAGCCCCCCACGACCGCUGGUGGAUCCGCCGCGCAGCCAACAACUUCUAGUACAACCGCAGGGUCUAGUAGUACUACUUUGCCACCGAAAGCGAAGCAGUCGGCCCCGAAACCUAAGCAGGAGAAGAAACUGCAGCCACUGAAGUACACGGAGGAGCGUAUUCAACUGAAUGACGCGGAGAUCUUAUCGAGGAAAAAAACUGAUGUGUAAAAAGGCUGCCUUUGAUGUGCAUGUGUAGUUGCAGAAGAUGCAUAAGUAGAGGUCAGCACAAUGCUCGUCGACAUGCAUCGUUGUAGCCUAGUUCUUUAUUCAUAUGUGUGCUGUUCACAUUCACAUACUAUGAUCUGUGCAUGACUUAUGCGCAACAUCAACAUCAUAUUUCUUGUCACGCUGUGUUCCUCGUGCAAAAGCAAAAGCAAAAAGAGCUGCGCCGACUUCUACAACACAGUUGUUGUUUUCUUGGAUAGAUCUCGAAGUUCGUGGGGCUGAACAUGGUGCGGCAGCCCGAGCCUGUGGUGAAGAUUCAGACCAUGUUCACGAACCUGUUCCGCACCACGGUCCGCAUCUUCGGUGCGGAAGAUCAGGGCGAACAAGGGAUGUUGAACAACGAGGAUGAAAGAGCGUCGAGAAUAAAACAACUACGGCCGGAACACGAGCUGAAGCAGCAGACUGCGAAGCAACAAGUUUUGCAGGCCCUGGAAGCGUAUGAGCAGGUACUGGACGGGCUGCAGUUGGAGCAGCGCAGUUACAUUCACCAGUUGAAAGCUUUGCGUGAAGAGGAAAAGAAGGUCAAGGUGGUCCUUGGGCAACGAUCCGUCGACACGGGGGAGCUGCUACUCGUGGACGACACUGGUAGUAAAAAUGCGGUUGGAGGUGAAAAAAAGGACACGACGAAGGCUACUUUAUCUACGGCAGGAGGUACAACUACCAAGGUACUAUCAAACAACAAGAGUGGCGUGAAGAAGAUGAACAUCGAUGGUACGAGCAGCACGACAAGUGAGGAUGAAGAUGACCACUCCUCUCGCACAACAUCAGCUGCCAAAACGGCGACAACCAAGAAGCUUUUUGGAAAGACGCUCAACGACGUGGUGGACUCCAAGCAAUUCGAUCUGGAAGGUCUUUAUCAAAGGGAAAUUUCGAUCUGGGGUUGGAAGGUUGCAAGUUAAUUUAUCAACAGGCGUGUCCGGCAUUUGAGCAUGACUUGACAAGUCGGCGCUGCUGCUGUCUUGCAUGUUGCUCACGAAAUAGUACUCCAGGAUGAAUCUGUCACCCAAAUUAUAAAACCCAGCUCAUUGUUCUGCGAAAUACCAAUACGCGAGAAGAACAGGUAAUAUGAAUGAGCCACGCAAAAUAAACCUGUGGUCAUGCUUAGCUGUGCAUCGCUACGCGCUUUUUUUGUUUUUUCUGACAAUUAGUUUUUGUCUAAGAAGCUUCAUUGGCACGAUUCCAUCGACGCCAUCACAACUUUCCAGAGGACCCAGACGUAUUUACGUUGCAUAGACUGCUCGGGCACGAACAGGCGAUUGAGGAGUUGAAGGUAAGGCGGUACUAGCAGAUUGAGCUUUCAUCGUCCUACCAGAUCUUGAUAUAAUUGGUCUUGCUCUUGACCUCUUGCCCAUGCAGACGAGGGGCGACCCCCGUUGUUCAUCGUGUGCCGGUGCCCAUCGUCCCUGCAUCGGGAAGAUAUGAUCUACUUCAUGGGAGACCGAGACUUUAUGAUUAUGUUCACUACCUCUACUGUGCAAAAAAAAAAACAGGAAGUAGCAGGGAGCUUGGAAUUCAUCGCUGAAGAGGCGGUUGGGGAAGAUUUAGUAAGCGACAAGAAAAAGAACGCGUUGGAGCAAGCUGGUGGGGAAGUCGAUGCGGGGGCCGCAGGUGAAGAAGUGUCCUCUGAUGACGAGUAUCCACUGCAAAAGUGCUAUGAUCCACCGAUGCUCCUAGUUGUAAAUGUAAUUGAUGCGAGCAAGCGCGACAAAUCUGCUUGUUUUCGACUUGAGUCUGUCUAAAUGACAGACAAACGAAACGGAAACUUCGAUUUUCUUCUUCUAUGAACAAAAUAUGAAUUUGUCAUGCGAUUUACAGCUAGUAGCGCGAAGAUCUUCAUGUUUUUGCAGUGCAUAGCGGGGACGAAAACACUGACGAGCCGAUCGGAGAAACGACGUCUUUACUGGAACUGGCCCACAAAACCAAGAUCAACAUGCUGCAGGAGGAGGUACUUACUCAUUCAAGCUGACUCGUUACAAAUUAAGUUUGGCGUCCCAAAAAUACACGAAGUGUCUGAUCCAAUGCAGCUAAAAACGCGGCCAUUGUUCAUCUUGUACUCUCUUCCUUCCAACAAGGACGAGAUUUUUGUGAAGAUGGGAAAAAUCCCGUUGAGCUCAUUCUGAAGUUCGCGAUUUCGGAGGCCGAAAUAAAUUUUCAUGUAGCCCCCGAUCAUGUUGCAGCAAGCAGCUCUCUUGCUUCGGUACCUCCUGUGCUGGUCCACGUCCAUUACUAUAAUCAUGGUACAACGCUUUCAUCUUGACCUUGUAACUCCACUUUCUUUUACUUCAGGUCCAGACGAUGUUUGAGCAGAAGCGGGAGCGAGAGGAGGAAGAAACGUAUCGGCGGCAGCUGCUCACGACCAAGAUGCCCCGGCAUGAAGCGAAGGAGCAGAUUCAGCAGGUGGAAUCCGAGAUCGAGAACACGAAGAAACUGCGGGAGAAGCACGCCCUCGAAGAGGAGAUGACCUACAAGAAGCUCGAGCAGAUCAGCAGCGAGCUGUCCACGGUGUACACGGAAAUUCGGAAUUUUGAGUGCAAGAAGGAAACUUCGAAAGAACGACGGGAACGGAAAAGCAAGGAGCUCGCUGGGGGGGCAGCAGGUGCAACUAAUGAUCUUCAUAGUUUGAAACCGACCUCCAGUUUUGAUUUGAAGAACAGCGGUGGAGCUGCAGGUGGGAGUAACAAUAAUUCGGGUAGUACAGCCUCUACCGGAGCCGGUGGAACUACAAUGGAACAUUUCCAACAUGGGGGAAAAAGCAGAAAGAUGGUCAGCUUCGAAGACGCGGCAGGGGCCCAGAUGUUGAACUACAACCAGCACGGAACUACAACCGCAGGUGGCAAGAUUGGCAGUCGGGGCGGCGGCCCGCAUCGGGGGCCGCAGAACAUGAUGAAUCAGCCACUGUCAAAAGCCUACCCGCCAACAGGUGGCCCAAACACGACCCUCGCCCAGCACGGGCUCGUCCAACAAACCUUCCGCGCGGGAGGACCAGCACAACAGCAGCCCUUCCAGGCGGUUGCGCGCGGCCCGGGAGGUGGUCCUGGUCAGCCUCCGAUUGUGCCGCCGCAGCAGCAAACUUCGAAAGGGGGCACGCAGCGGUGGAUCAGCCCGAACAAACUGGCCGCCCAGCAGCAUAACUACCAGCACGUACCCCCGCCCCCCGGGCCGCCGGGCAUGAACCCCUACCACUACGCACAGGCGGGUGCGAACCCCUACAACGCCCCUCCGGGCGGGGGCGGCGGGUAUAACAACCCCUACCAACGACUGAACCAGGGCGGUGGACCGCCACCCCCCGGCGCCGGACCCCCGAGCACGCAAACGUUCCGGGCACCGAACGUCGGUGGCGGGGGCGGGCCCAUCAUCGGGAAGUCCGCCUUUCAACCCUUCCAGCGACCGGUGGGGGGACCGUAUGGAAAGGGAGGGCCGCCACAGGGUGGACCACAGCAAGGUGGCGGAAAGUUUUGAUCCAAAUCUUGCGGGAACUAAGUACUUAUUGUGAUGAAGCACCUCCAAGAACCUGCGUCCUUAGUCCUUCACAACAAGCUCCUGCUUAUGUGAAAAUGCGAGGAGGUCGAGGAGCGUCUGAAAAAAAAUUGUCAGAAUCUGUUUAUUGAAGACAUCAAAGCCGAGUAGUAGAGGAACUGAUCACCUGCUCAGUGGUCAUUCCCAAGAAUUUCUUCCAGCAAACUACAUCAAAUUAGCCCCCCGUACUGUGAUUUGUCAAAAGCAGUAGAAUGAAUAGUGUUACUCGUCUCACACCAGAGGACCUCAAGGAAAUACGUCC